CGUUCCUCCUCUCUCUCUCUCUCUACCUGCAUUGUUGGUCCCUGGUUAUUUUGAGAGCAGAUCUUUGAUGGGAUGGGUGUUUAGGUGAGUGUGAGCGAGAUCUCAACUCAAACUGGGUCAAUUGGGUGUUUCCUUAAGUGAUCGCUCCAGUAACCCCUCUUUUUCUUUCUCUUUCUGCUCCUCGCCAGUCUUUCCUUUUCGGAAUCUUCUGGGGUUUGGGAGGACCGGGAGAAGGCGUCGAGGCGAACGACCGACAGUCCAGCUCCACCGCAUUGUCUUGCGUAGCUUCCCAGCAACAAAUCCCCUCCUUCCAACCACGAACAAAUAAACAAUCAUCAAAAGAGAAGAGUUCAAAAGAUCUUGCUGUUUUCUAGAGAAACGGAACGAAAGCAGGAAGGGCCCUUCUCGCCCGUAUAAAUCGGUCCAGAUAAGCUCCAUUAUUUUCCCGGGCGGCCAUUCCAUCCCUCUUCUCUUCUCGUCGUCGUCGUCCUCCUCCUCCUCCGCCGCCGCCGCCGCCGCCGCCGCCGCAGCUCCCAAGGAGAAGGGGGAGAGAGAUUAUGGAGAGGGUAUCGUCGACGGCGAUACUUCCGGAGGCGUUCCAGGGGGCUCGGGACGACAUUACAGAGCAGAUGGGGCUGGUGUGGCAGCAGAUCAAAGCGCCGGUCAUCGUCCCCUUGCUCCGCCUCACGGUGUUCCUCUGCCUGGCCAUGUCGGUGAUGCUGUUCGUCGAGAAAGUGUACAUGGCCGUCGUCAUCGUCAUCGUCAAGCUCUUAGGGAAGCGGCCGGAGAAGCGCUACAGAUGGGAGCCCAUGCGGGACGACCUGGAGCUCGGCAACUCCGCCUAUCCCAUGGUCCUCCUCCAGAUCCCCAUGUACAACGAAAAAGAGGAUCUGGUGGAGCUGGAGUGCCAGCGGUGGGCGAGCAAAGGGAUCAACAUCAAGUACGAGAUCCGGGACAACCGGAACGGGUACAAGGCCGGGGCGCUGAAGGAAGGCAUGAAGCACAGCUACGUCAAGGACUGCGACUAUGUCGCCAUCUUCGACGCCGACUUCCAGCCGGAGCCCGACUUCCUUUUCCGCACCAUCCCUUUCCUCGUCCAUAACCCCGAGCUUGCACUCGUCCAGGCCCGCUGGAAGUUCGUCAAUUCAGAUGAGUGCUUGAUGACAAGGAUGCAGGAGAUGUCCCUGGAUUACCACUUCACCGUGGAGCAGGAAGUGGGAUCCUUAACCUAUGCCUUUUUUGGCUUCAAUGGUACUGCUGGGGUGUGGCGGAUAUCAGCUCUUAGAGAAGCAGGAGGUUGGAAAGAUCGGACCACAGUAGAGGACAUGGAUUUAGCUGUUCGAGCAAGCCUUAAGGGUUGGAAAUUUGUAUUCCUUGGAGACCUCAAGGUUAAAAAUGAACUACCGAGUACUCUCAAGGCUUACCGUUAUCAGCAACACAGGUGGUCUUGUGGACCAGCAAAUUUGUUCAGAAAAAUGUUGUUGGAGAUUGUAAGGAACAAGAAAGUAUCUCUCUUCAAGAAAGUGCAUGUGAUCUACAAUUUCUUCUUCGUGCGGAAGAUUGUAGCCCAUAUUGUAACCUUUGUGUUCUACUGUCUGGUAAUCCCUGCAACUGUUUUGGUCCCUGAGGUGCAGAUACCAAAGUGGGGUGCAGUUUAUAUCCCCUCAAUCAUUACCCUUCUCAAUGCUGUUGGAACUCCAAGGUCUCUUCACUUGCUCGUAUUUUGGAUCCUUUUUGAGAAUGUCAUGUCUCUGCACCGAACGAAAGCAACUUUUAUUGGCCUGUUGGAAGUAGGGAGAGUGAAUGAAUGGGUGGUCACAGAGAAGUUGGGAGAUGCUUUAAAAAUGAAAAUGGCUGCCAAAGCCGCCAGGAAGCCACGGAUCAGGAUAGGUGACAGAUUGCAUCUGUUGGAGCUUGGUGUUGGAGCCUAUCUCUUCUUCUGCGGGUGUUAUGAUGUGGCCUUCGGAAAGAACCAUUUCUUCAUAUACCUCUUCCUCCAAGCAACUGCUUUCUUCAUUGUUGGUUUUGGUUAUGUUGGCACCUUCGUCUCCCAUUCCUAAUGGACCUUGGUUGGACGUCUUGCCAAAGCCUUUGUCAUUCAUUGUUUCCGCCAUCAUGUCUUUCUGAGGUCACGCGUACAAGCAUGAGCAGCGUAAUUUGAUGUUUUUGCAACAGCACAAGUUCUUAGUUUCCACUGGUGCGAAGCAUUCUUGCGUAGAUAGAAUUCACUUGUGUAUAGUCGAUUUUAGAGGUACAAGUGUUGUUGUCUGCUAUUAGAUACAAAGGAGAUCAGAGACAAUGAACAAGUAGGAAGUUUUGGGUCUCCUUCAGGGAAGCUGCAGCAGGAGAGACCAAACUUUAAUCUGAUGUUGAUAAUGUAUAAAGAAACACGUCUAGAUGGAUUUUGAGUGGUGGGCUUUUCAAGUUUUUAUUCUUUCCCCUUUUCUUUGCAAGUUAAUGUUUGAGAAGAGAAAAAUAAGGUGAUAGCAUAAAAGUAAAUUGUGGAUUUUUUUUUUUAUUUCUAUCUUUGCUAUUUGCUUUGUAAUAAGGAGACGAUAUAGUUGGUCAGUUUUGGGUAAAAUUUACUGUUCCCUGCUCUUCUUUUGGAU